AUGACAAGGCGUAUCGUCCGCGUUGCUCUCCUCAUCUGCGACACUCCAGUGAGCUUGCUCAUUCAGGCCGCAGCUGACCACUCAGCCCGACGUCAUCUUGACAUCUUCCGCCGAUGGCUUGAAGAGGCUCUCAAAGCAUACCCCGAUCCCGACGUCGCAGCCAACACCCAGCUCGUCCUUGACCCUUACAAUGUUGUGGACAAGCUCGAAUUCCCCUCCCACGACCGACUCCGUGCAGGAGCUCCUGACGGGUACGACGUCGUGAUGCUCACAGGCUCCAAGCACACCGCGUACGACGUCAACUCGCACUUUGGUCCCCAGCUCAUCGAGUGGAUGCGCAACUUGGCCAAUGCUCCAGAGUUCCAGCAUGUCAAGAUCAUCGGCGUCUGCUACGGGCAUCAGAUCUUGUCAUUGGCACUCGGGGGCGAGUGCAAGCAGGGGACAAAUGGCUGGGAGGUUGGAGUGUACGGGUGUGACAUGACAGAGGAAGGACGCUAUUACUGGUCCGAUUCAGUCGUCGCCAACGGUGCUUCCAAGAUUUACGUCGAGCAGAUGCACAAGGACGUCGUUACCAAGGUGCCGCCCGGGUGCGAUCUACUUCUCCGCUCGGAGAAGUACCCGGUCCACUCGUUCGCCAAGAAGCACCCUGCAUCAACGUCAGAGAGGCCACUUGCCCAGAUCCUCACCAUUCAAGGCCAUCCCGAGUUUACUCCGGGGAUCGUCAGCACUCUGGUUGACGUGCGCUCGGAGGCUGGCAUCUUCAACCCCGAGGCGACAGCCGAGGCUCGGAGGCGGCUGGGCGGCAAGGACGGUUCUGGGGGAGAGGGCGAGGGCCGUCUCGGCUGGGCGAUCUGGCGCGUCAUGCUCCAAGACCUCCCGGCUAAGUGA